AUGGCCUCCGAAGCGCUCUCGUACGUGAACUCUACGCGUGCGCUGGCGUACCUCACGGAGCGUGGUGAGGACGCGCUGCACGCGGUCAAAGGCGCGCUGGGAUCGGGAUCGUCCAAGUAUCUGGACGCAAUCGAUACCGGCGCGGUGCGCAAGCAGCUGGAGAGUACGAACGAUAAUGAGCGCCUCGAAGGGCUGAAGCAUGUCGUGGCGCUUAUCUCGAAAGGGCGCGACGCGACGCCGUUCCUAGCAUCAGUGUUCAAGUUAUCGUCGUCGACCUCGCUCGAGGUCCGCAAGCUCGUGUACAUCGUGGUGCUGCGCUACGCACCGCAGCACCCCGACCUGGCGCUUUUGUCGAUCAACAGCUUCCAGCGCGACCUGACCGAGCCAAACCCGCUCAUCCGCGGCAUGGCGCUGCGUGCUCUGAGUGGCAUGGGCGUCAAGGCGGCGUGGUCUAUUGUCGCGCUCGCCGUCGGCAAGGCCGUGCGUGAUACCCAUCCCUACGUCCGCCGCGUCGCGGCCUACGCGCUAAUGCGCUGCUACCAGAUGGACCACAGCAAUCGCGACGUGUUGAUGGAGCACCUCGGCACGCUGCUGCGCGACCGCUCGCCGCAGGUGCUAGGACCGGCGGUCGCGACCUACCUCGAGCUGUGCCCCGAGCAGUGGGACCUGUUGCACCGGCACUUUCGCAAGCUCUGCUAUGCGCUUGCCGACAUGGACGAGUGGUCGCAACCGAUGUGCGUCGACUUGCUUGUCCGCUACGCACGCACGUACCUCACCGCACCCGAGCCGGACCGUGCCGCGAUCGACUCUGACCUCGCACUGCUGCUGGACCACUGCCAGCCCCUCUUGUCGUCGAUGAACGCGGCGAGCGCCCUGGCCGCGGCACGCGCGCUCCUGCUCCUGGGCCCAUCGCAGCGCCACAAGCCCGCGAUCCAGGCCAUGGUCCGCCGCAUGCGCUCGUCACACGACCUUGCCUAUGUCGUGACGUUGCGUCUGCUCGCCCUGUGUGCGACGCACACGCCGCUGCUUGUGCCGCACAUGACAGUUUUCUACGUGCGUGCAGACGACCCCGAGCACCUCGCGCUUGCCAAGCUGCGUGUGCUCGUGCAGCUUGUGCAGGAAGGAAGUGCAAAGGCCAUCGCCGACGAGCUCGUCGUAUAUACCCAGGCCGCCUCGGCGGUGGCCGUCGAGAGCAUCACGGCCAUUGGGCAGGUCGCGUGCCGGUACGAGUCCGCGGCGGGCCACUGCCUCAAGCUUCUGAUCGGCGUCGCGCAGGACGCGAGUAUCGACACGGUGGUCGCGAGCCGCGCCGUGCAAGUCGCCAAAAUGCUCAUGGCCGCCAUUCCCCAGGUGACGAGCGACAAGGUGGCGCUGCGCAUCGUCGCGCAGUUUGCGCUGCGCCUCUUUGUGCCGCUCGCGCAGGCCGGCCGGCGGCGUACGUCGCCGCCGCCGAUCCUGGUCGAUCCUCCGUCGCGCACGGCCGCGCUGUGGAUGCUGGGCCAGUACUGCGACGUGCCGUUUGUGCCGCAUGGGAGCACGGACCUUGCGCCCGGCGCGACGCUGUGCCAGCUCAUUGUCCCUGAUGUGCUGCGGUGCCUCGUCGCGCACUGGCACAAGGAGCACCCCAGCGUCCAAUGCCAGACCCUCACGCUCUCGGCCAAGGCGACUGUCGUGAUCGGCGAGCAGGAGUCGAGCGCCAGGGUGCGCACAGCCGUACAGACGCUGCACUAUGCCGUCCUCGCGCUCGGGAACCAGAGCCAAGAUGCAGACGUGCGCGACCGCGCGCGCUUCUACGCGGGCCUCACGCGCCGCUUUGCCGAGGACGAGGCGCUGCCGAGCGGGACCGACGCUGUCGAGGACUACCUGCACCUGCACCAGCGCCUCGACCGCCUGCGCCUCCCUGGCGUGCGCCUUCGGCGGCCGCAGGUCAAGCACGUACUAUUUUCCCACGACGCAAACCAUGCCGCGUCCAUGGCGAGCCAGCUCACGCUCGACGCGCCGGAGCAGCUCGCGCUCGGUGGUAUGGCUACGUGGGACGUGCAUCUACGGGGCUGGCGCGUCGGCCAGGUGCCGGACUGGGCGGAUCCCGCGACGCUGCCUCCGGCCAUCAUCCGCAUGCCUGAAGCGAACGCCGCGCGCCCCGAUAUGUCCAACGUGCGCUCCAUCUCGAGCAGCGGCCCGCCGAGCUCGCCACGUGCGCCGCCUCCGCCGCCAGCGGUCGAAAAGGUCGUGCUGCAGCCGCGAGAGGCACAGGCGCCGGCGCGCCCGGCCGCUUGGAACGCGCGGCACGCCAACCUCGAUGCAUUCUUUGACGACGACGAGAGCAGCGACGGCGCAAGCCUCGACGACCCCGCGGCGGAGGACGAGGAGUACGAAGUGAGCGACUCGGAUGUGGAGUCCGACGACCCCGUAGCGUAG